AUGCCCGGUCUGCCCACAUCUUCGGAGAUGCAGAGCUGCCCUCAACUGUAUUCCGCAGGACUUCUGUUAACCCCCUCGGCUUCUCUUUCCACUUCGAGCAGCUGGGCUCUGCUGGACUUUUGCUCCUCCGACACGCAGCCACACGAGCUGACAGCUGGGCACCUCUCUCCGGAGUACGACGUUGUGUCGACCCCUGCGCUGCGGAGCUUUCUGCCGGCGGCAAGUUCACCGGAUGAUGCGCAAUCUGAGAGUACCACGCCCGCAUCCGAGGAGGACCCGGCCACUGCUCCACCAACAGGCCAUCCCGAUGAAUGCGGCACUACGUCAGGUGCUGCUGGCGAGCGGCUGGAUGUGCCCAGCAGUGAGUUGGGAGGCAAGCAGCGGCGUAUGGAGUCUGGGGAGUGUGGUGAUCCUCAUCCCGCUCCCAAGAAAGACGAGCAAUAUUCAUUGCGCUGCCGAAAUGCAUCGAAUGUGCGAAUUCCAGAGCGAGCUAGACGGUGCGGACGCUCUCGUUGUGGGAGACACCGUCGCCGACAGAAGAAGAAGCCGUCAGGUAGAUCGUGA